UUUAUUAUUUUCCGUGACCCAGAUCCCAACCUUCGCUUUGAAGGUGCAGGAGAGAGGACACCCAGGAGUCCAAUCUCUUCUAGUAACUCGAGUGCAGGUCAAGGACAUAGGAAGGAGAUUUAGGUGGUUUAAAAUCUCACAGUGGAGGGGAUUAAUGGAGUGGUGGCGGGGCGGGGGGGCCAAGGGGGGCGGGUGCAGGGUGGAGGCUUCCUGAUCCCAGGGCUGAAGGAUGGCGGCCUUUGCCCGCCUGCUGGAAUGUCUCCUUUGGUCAGCUCGCAAAGAACAGGAGGCAGAAGAGGAGGAGGAGGAGGGACGGAGGACUCACGACGGGCCUCGGUCGCUCCUGGACGCGCCGCGAUGCUUCCAGCGGCCACACGGGGGUGCGGCCGCGUCUUGGGGACUGCGCUUUGGGGCGAGCGCUGUGCAGGGCUGGCGCGCGCACAUGGAGGACGCGCAUUGCGCUUGGCUCGCUCUGCCCGGGCUACCCCCAGGCUGGGCUUUCUUCGCGGUCCUCGAUGGCCACGGCGGGGCGCGAGCCGCCCUCUUCGGCGCGCGCCACCUGCCUGGCCACGUGUUUGAGGCGCUGGGCACCGCGCCCGACGAGCCCGAGGGAGUGCGCGGGGCGCUGCGUCGAGCCUUCCUGAACGCAGACGCACGCCUGCGUGCGCUCUGGCCUCGUGGCGAGCCGGGGGGCUCCACCGCCGUGGCGUUGCUCGUCUCCCCGCGUUUUCUGUACCUGGCGCACUGUGGUGACUCCCGAGCGAUGCUGAGUCGCGCCGGCGCUGUGGCCUUCAGCACCGAGGACCAUCGGCCUCUCCGGCCUCGGGAACGCGAGCGCAUCCACAACGCGGGAGGCACCAUCCGCCGCCGGCGCCUCGAAGGCUCUCUGGCGGUAUCCCGGGCACUGGGCGACUUUGCUUACAAAGAGGCUCCGGGAAGGCCUCCUGAGCUGCAGCUCGUUUCCGCGGAGCCUGAGGUGACCGCCCUGGCUCGCCAGGCUGAGGACGAGUUCAUGCUAUUGGCCUCUGACGGUGUGUGGGACGCGAUGUCUGGCGGUGCCCUGGCGAGACUGGUGGCAUCGCGCCUCUGCCUGGGCCUGGCCCCGGAACUUCUCUGCGCGCAGCUAUUGGACACGUGUCUCUGCAAGGGCAGCUUGGACAACAUGACCUGCGUCCUGGUCUGCUUCCCCGGGGCCCCCAGGCCUUGUGAGGAGGCAAUCAGGAAGGAGCUAGCGCUGGACGCAGCCCUGGGCCGCAGGGUCUCUGAGCUGUAUUCCUCUGCUCAGGAGCCCCCCAGCCUGAACACGGUUUUCCGGACUCUGGCCUCAGAGGACAUCCCAGAUUUACCUCCUGGGGGAGGGCUCUACUGCAAGGUCGCUGUCAUUGCUGAAGCUUAUUCUCGGCUCUGCCAGGCCUCAGGAGGGCGCUGGCAGAAGGGCCCAAAUGGGGCCAGAAAACCCACUGGCACCCAUUCAAACUCUUCCUUGGACUUGGAGGCCUGACAGCUGUUGCCCUCUGGGGACCCUCUGCCACUUGGGGCCUCAGGGUCACUAAGGAAGAAAACUCCCCUUCCCCAGCUACACAGAUCGGCGGAAGGAAGACAAACCGAUGGAGGAACCCCAGAAUGUUUAUUUCCCCUUCUCCUACUUCCCUCUCGCAGAAAGUCUCAUGAGAGGGGAAAUUCCACUCACCAUCUGAAAACAAAAAAAGAAAAACCAAACCACGCCAAAGCCAAUGUUUUUGAAGUAUUUUCGGGCUGAAUGGACCCUUGAGUGGUCACACAGUUCAGGGUGCUUGGGUGGCUCAGUUGGUUAAGCGUCAGGCUUUUGAUCUCAGCUCAGGUCAUGAUCUUGCAGUUCAUGGGAUCCAGCCCUGUAUCGGGCUCUAUGUGGAUAGCUCAGAGCGUGCUCGGGGUUCUCUCUCUCUCCCUCUCUCUCUCCCCUCUUCCCCUCCCCCACUUGCACACACUCUUCUGUCUCUCUCAAAAAAAUAAUAAUAAGUGGGGCGCCCGGGUG